AUGCUAUUACCUGAUCUUGUCUUGUCAGGAUCAAUUGAGUGCCAAGCGGUGAUCACCCAUUUUUUUAUUCUUUGUCAGUCUGACUUCCUCGCUUGUCCGAGCUGUCCUAGGAUGUUCCUAGAUCCCAGUGCAGAGGAUGACGAGGCAAGGGAGACAGCGAGUGACAUCAUCGACAGAACACACUCUGGAGGUAAACAUCGAACCAAGGCAUUCUACAACAACAUCCUGAAGAAGUGCUUCAACAAUAAUCCCCGAUGUGGCGGUGAAAGUGCAGAAGAAGAGAAUGACAUUCCCCGCAGACAAGUCUGGUAG